AUGGACAAACCUCAACGUACGCUCGCGAGCUCUAGAGCUCGCGGACCAUAUGCAUCGCAGGCGUGUACUGUCUGUCGUUCCAAGAAGUCCAAAUGCGACGGCGUGAAGCCAGUCUGCUCAUCGUGCGCUGCAUCUGGAAGGCAUCAAGAAUGCUCUUGGGGUCGGGAUACAUCGGCCAGAAAACCUCGCACCGAGGCGCAUUUCGAAGCGCUUCAGAAACGAGCGGAUGCUCUCCAAACAUACGCCGAUGGGCUGGAAAAGAUUCUCGCCAACUGUGUCUGCCAGGACGUCAACUCACAUCUGCAAUCGAAGCCGACUGUGGAAGAUAAACCAGCGGUUCAAGAGGAGUCGGAUACGGAUUGGAACGAUUCGGACGAGUCGAUAACACAGGAAUUGACGGUUCCCCUUCAACGACUCAAGUUGGACGGGAAAUUUGGCGGGCAGCUACUCCAUAACGGAAUUACCACACCACUGCGCUAUACCCCGUCGGACGAACUACCCCCUGUCAAGUUAUCAGCGCCAAAUCUUCCCACUCAGUCCUAUGUACUGCUCGUCGACCGUGUCAACGAGAAGAACGCCCACCCAGAGAUCGAUUGGUCACGCUACUUGCCUCCAGAAGUCUCUCUAGAUCGCAGGGAACACGAUAAAAUCAUCGACCUUUCCUUUAAGUUCUGGACAGGGUGGUGCCACCGUCUUGCCCCAUCUCUUUUCUUUCGGGACAUGUACCGCGCACUGAGUGUCCCUCGUGGACAACCGCCGCCUCGAACGCCAUGGUAUUCCCCGAUGCUCCACAACUCCAUGCUUGCGAUCUGCUCAAUAUUCUCGGACGAUCCGUAUAUCAGAGACCCCGGCACCCGGGUCCGCUUUGCAGAUUUCGCCAAAAGCUAUUUGGAGAAGGAGUGCCAGAAGCCAGAGGUCAGCCUCAUCCAUGCCCUGGCAUUUCUCGGCACCUUCUAUGCUAAUCUCGGUGACCGAAUUAUGGGUGACUUAUACGCUGGUAUGAGCAGCAGAAUGUGCAUGUCGCUGGGAGUAGGCUCCGAUUCGGCGGAGUGGGUCAGUUCCGGUCUCAUCACGCAUGAUGAGAUGGUCGGUCGAAACUGGGCACAUUGGACAAUAUUCUGUGUGGAAGUGUGCUGGGCUCUGUUCUUUGGUCGCGACUUCAGCGGCCCUCCUUCAGACGGACGGCGGCAGGUUACGAUGCCAGUUGUCGACCCUGAAGCCGAUCAAGCUCCCUGGUUCCAUGCACCUUCUGGAAUCCCUCCCCAGCCAAAUCUAUGGACGCUCACAUUCCAUCAAGCCUCUGCACUGUUUGUGAUUGACCGCAAAAUUAUCGAUGUUGUGAAUGGGUUAGAGCGCGCACAAGAUGUUGUCCGGAUCGACCAGCUUGUAACCCGAAUUGACCUCGAAUUGAAUAACUGGAAGAGUCAACUACCCGCGGAACUUGAUAUAACACUUGCGAAUAAGAACAAAUCGACUCCUCAUCGACUCAUGCUGCAUUGCGAAUACUGGUGGAGUUUUGUCGUCCUCCAUAGACCGUUUUUCAGUCGCAAAGCAUCCCCGAUCCAGCAAUCCGAUCGAGAAAUUGACCAUGUCAAGCUCUGCAAACGUGCCGCGGAGAACAUCCUGGACCUAACCGAAGUCUGGUCCAACCUCUACACUCUACGAUACACAAACGUCACGAUGCUCCAAGUGCUUUAUGGAGCGGGGACCAUUUUCGUUCUCCUUGCCCUCCAGGCGACCGCCUCGGCACGAAUUGCCCAUACACAACUACAAACUGCUCUUACGCAGGCGGAACAAUGCAUAUUCUACCUGCGGGACAUGGGUCAGACGUGGGCGACUGCAUUGCAGACUGGGGACGCUCUUGGCAAGAUUUUGCACGACAAGGCCUACCCGAUUAUCUCGCGGCGUCUGGCUCACAAAGGCGUCAGACUGUCUGCGUUGAUGCCAAACCCAUCUCCCGUCAACCAACCACUACGACCCCAACAAGACAAUGUGGUCUCGGAGCCUCGAAUUGCUGACUGGACAACGACAUCCGGGUUUUAUUAUCCGCAGCGACCCAUGCAACCCAUUCCCGUUGCUACCGCUUUUUUACAAGACCUACCGGAUGUCGAUAUCGAGGCAUUCAUGCCUAAUUUUGAACUGGGGGCGGGACCAACGCUGUGGUAUAACCAGAACAUGUAG